AUGGAUCAUAUUUGGAACAGCAUAAAAGGUUUAUUUCACAAUGUUACCAGUCGACUGAGUGAUACCGAAAACGAAUCGUCAGAAGGGUCAAUGACGAAUAUCGAUUCAGAAUUAUCUGAUGAGACGGUAUUCCAGUCUCCUACGAGUCAUGAAAAUUCUGAAAAGUGUCAGGAAUCCGCCAAUUUUCAAAAUGAAGAAACAGUACCAUUGUUAGACCAGCAAUCAUAUUCUGAAUUAGAUAUAGUAGAUCCAAAUAAGAGUACUACAGAGUCUCAAAGAAAAGAAAUAGAAUACUGUAGUUUAUUAAACGAUUUAAAGUUAAAUCUUGACGUAAAGUUUACUUUAAAGAAAGCUAGGAUAGUGGAUAACAACACAAUUAAUGAUAAAGCUUUAACAUCUGCAAAUGAAAUUCCAAAGUAUAUUGUUGAAAAAUUAAUGAUAGUGGAUUAUCACGCGCGAGCAUUUAAACUAAAUCAUGUAAGCAUGGAACAAGCUAGCGCAACAUUUGAUGGAAGUGACGAUGAAGAUGAGGCACAUGAAGAAAUAAAAGAAACGGUGAAUCCUAUGGAUGCAUUUCUUGCUAUCUUUCAUUGCGCUGAUGAUUUUCUACGACAAGAUCUUGCCAUCAAAUUAUCAGCUUGUCAGCUCAGUGUUCCAUUUCUUCUGCCGGAUCCAGCGCAGCCUUCUGAGAAAAUUACAAUGCUGCUGUGGGCUUUAGAAGGAAUAAAGAAAUCAUGGAAAGCAGCGAGUGUCAACAACGAACACAUCAGAGCUCAACACGUCUUUGUUUUAGAACAUCCCUUUCCAAUUGUCUCUUUUAUUCGUGUUGGGACAAACGCGUUUUCAAAAUCCGUUUUAUUGAACAAGAUCAUGAGUGACGUGAAUGGGUAUCAUGAUUUCUUCUUCCACAAAGAUUGCAAAGGUGGUGGUACCGAACGAAAGAUCGUCGAUGGACUGGUAGAGUUGUGUUGGUAUCUUCCUGGAGAGAGAAAGCGUCAGGCAUUUCAAAAAGAGAUUUGUUUCGCAAAUCUAAGAGGAGACGCCAGAAGUUACAGGAAGCAGUUGAGCGUCCUUACAAAGAUUUCGUCUGUUGUAUUCCUGUUGCUACCAUCAGAAUAUCCACAACAGUCUACGAAAGACAUUUUGAUCGAGACAGCAAAAACAGAGCCAAAAGUGUUCGUUGUUUUUAAAGAGAGACCACAAGAAGAUGCAAAGCAAUAUUUUGAUGACUUCAAACGAGGACAUCCAGGUAAGUUAUCUUUUUUACAGAAGAGCACUCAAGCAAAUGAAGACGACUUUGUUGAAAUUAUACGACAAAAAAUUGAAAGGAAUAUCGUCACAUCCAAAUGUAUACCAUUGAAAAAGGUUGCUUCGUUUGUAAAUGAAUGCGGCAUCGACCUUGAUGAAAACUCUGACAUGAAUUCUCUUUGGCGGGAAAGUAUAAGUGCGUGGAUACAAAUGGGUCCCAAAGAUGCUAAAAUGAAAUUAAAGUUACAGACCCAGGUAGCUGCACUUGCAAAUUUAGAACGUGAGAAUUAUUGCCCAAAGCCACAAGCUAAUAAAUCUGAAAAUGAGCGUAUCGACGAUAUUUUUAAGAAGCAGCAGGAAGCACUAAAAUCCCAAAAAGACUCGUUUGCUAAAAUGGAUGAACAAAUCUGCAGGUGUCUCAAUCGAAUAGCGGUGAUGAAUGAUGUUCAACGACAGUAUGCCUUGACGAUCUUGAAGCAUGAUCUUGAUAAGAUGUCCCUGAAGGUCUUAGGAUCCUUGCAAGCACAAUAUCGUGAUGCCUGGCUCAACAUACAAAAGAAGAAAAAGCAACAGAGACUGAACAGCUCUGAACAGCAUUCCCUGUCAGACGAAGAGAUGCAUCUCAAGCAAUUAGAAGAGACAGUUAUAGAAAGCUCGUUUGGUUUGGAACAUAUUAUUAGAGAAAUCGCACAGAUGUAUCAACUUACAGAAAUAAGUCUUAUUGACUAUGCAGGAGCUGCAGCAGACAUGUUACUUGCGGGACAGCCUCUUGAACUGAUGGAUGGCGAUUCUUCGUAUAUUCCAUUCAAGUGGUUUAAUGCUGUAUUCAGUAAACUUGUACGCAAAACAAAUAACGCAAAACUAUUUGUGAUUUCUGUGCUAGGAAUUCAAAGUUCAGGUAAGUCGACAAUGUUAAACACAAUGUUUGGUCUAGAAUUUCCAGUAAGUGCAGGUAGGUGUACUCGUGGCGCUUUUGCUAGUCUCAUUCCUGUUAGUGAUUCCCUUAAGUCCGCAUCAAAUUUUGAUUAUAUUCUGAUCAUUGAUACUGAAGGUCUUAGAGGAUCUGGAGAUCCAGAGGUGCGACAACAUGACAAUGAGUUGGCAACUUUUGCAAUUGGUGUCGCUAAUCUAACCAUAGUGAAUAUCUUUGGUGAAAAUUACAAUGACAUGAAAGAAUUCUUGGAAAUUGCCGUGCAUGCUUUCUUGAAGAUGAAGCUGGUCAGGGAAAAACGAAUAUGUCAAAUUGUUCAUCAAAACGUAGCAGCCGUUGAAGCUUCAGAUGUUCUGGCCACUGAGCGCAUUACUCUCAAGAAGAAACUGGAUGAAAUGGCUAAACUAGCUGCUAUCCAAGAAAAUUGUGACGACGCAUUUCAAGAAUUGAACGAUAUCCUGUCAUUUGAUGAAAACGAUGACGUAUUUUAUAUUCCAAACCUUCUUCAAGGCAGCCCACCAAUGGCACCAGUGAACCCAGAUUAUGGAAGGGCUGUUCAGAAAAUAAAAGAAAAAAUCAUUUCAUUGAUGUGUUCACCAGAAAGAUCUUAUCAUCCCAUUUCCCAGUUUCAAAAACGUGUCUGCGAUCUUUGGAAAGCCAUCCUACGUGAAAAUUUUAUAUUUAGUUUCCGAAAUACAAUCGAAGUGCGGGCGUAUACAUCUUUAGAUCAAAAAUAUUUUGAAGAAUCUGUUAAAACGAUGGUGACGGGAAUGACGGAACUUGAAAAGAAGAUCCACGUAUCAUUAAUGAGAAGUUCAGCAGACGCUCGAGAGGAUAUAUGGUCCGUAAGUAAGAUGGAAAUACAAGAAAAAGCAGAGGAACUUGGCAGUAAAAUGGAAAAAGCAAUGGAAGAUUUCUUUGAAACGAACGAGGACAAGACAACUCUUGAACAAUGGAAGGAGAAUAUUAUGAAUAAAAUCAGGUACCUUCAGGAUUACCAGAUGAUGGAAAUCAUGCGAAAUUGUCAGGCAGCUUUUCAUUAUUGGCAAAGUCGACAAGAGGUGGAUAUAAAGAAACAAACAUAUGAAAAUGAGUUACUUGCAAAAGCUAGAACGUUUAUCUCUUCGGUUGAAGAUACGGAUGAUGUGGAAAGAUGUACGGCAAAAUUUGAGCAAGAAUGGCAACAAUGGAUUGAAUAUGUUCCUCCUUGCAUGGAAAAGCCACUUAAUAUUAAUCAAGAAAUGACAAAUGUUUUAUUUCAUACUGACAAAAGACUGACUGGAGAAAUGAAAGUAAAAUACAACGCACAAGGACGCAACUUGCUGAAUUUUAAGGAUAGUUUGCCAUCUAUUAAAAAUCAACUUAAUGUAGGGGGGUUCGAGAGAUUUCUACAAAUUUUUCGAAAUAACCCUCAACUAGUUAUGGAUGCAGAGAGAAUCCAAGACAAUGCGAUACGUGCUGCAAUUGAUUUUGCAAAAACCACUUCGAGGUCGGGUGUCAGAUGCAGACCUGAUGAUCUGAAGCGAAUGUACCAUCUUGUUAUCUCUACCAUUAAUAAGAAAACAAAGAAUCAGAAAUUUAAGUUUCCCACAGGUUUGUUGUGUGAUACAUUACUCUGCGCCUUUGCCAAUGCAUACAACGAUUUCUAUGAGAUGGAGGAACGCUACAUCCGAGAACGAGACAUAAGAGGUGAUCUGGAGAGAACCCUGCGACCAAAAUUGGAAAAAUAUUUCCUUAGCAUCUGUAAAGAGAUGCAAAAAGAAGUGCGUGCUGCUACGUUAAUGGUGGAUGUUCUUCAAAAAGCAAUGGAGUCAGAGUUGAAUAGAAGCAUGGUCCUGCGGUGGCAGGAGAAAUCUUGAAGAAAAAUGAAUUCCAAAGUAAAGGGCAAUUCCAUGCUAGUGUACUCAUUCAACUAGGAGAGGAAUGUAAGUUUCAGUCCUACACUAAUUAUCUUCGAAACCCUGUCAAAUUCCUCAGAGAUAAGUUGAUUCAGUCCAUUGGAUACUAUUGUUUAGCCAAUGCAGACAACUCAGUCAAUUUACUUCUACAAAACGAAGUGAAAAAGAUCGAAGAUAGAGUACUCGAAGCCAUUUCAAUUGCCAGUAGGUCUUCAAACGCAGCAACUUUUUCUCUCUGGAGAGAAGACUUUGUUGAUAACUGUUCAACACUUGAGAUAACUGCAGAAAUGUUCAAUGUGGCUGCGAUUGAUGAUGAUUUAAAAGAUUUUGAGAUGUUUGAAAGUCAACUCAUUAAGAUGGUGAAGGAAUUUUUGCAGUCUUUGGUUGAACGAGGAGUGAGUCGCAAAGUUUACACAACCUGGAAUCCAGCUCCCCAUCAAAAGUUACUGGACUUGAUGUUUGGCUGUCAGGAGUGUUGUCCAUUUUGCAAGGGCUUAUGUGACCAAACAGUUCGGGAUCACGCAGGUGGACACUCAACAAGGAUUCAUCGACCCCAGGGAAUAACUGGUUAUCGUGGUGUAAACACACAAAUUUUAGUAAAUUGUAUUUGCACCACUUCCGUCAGUAGCGACGGGAAAUUCAAAAAUGUCGACACAUCUGAUCAAUGGCAUCCUUACAAAGAGUACCAAACAGUCAACGAGUAUUAUAAAUCCUGGGCAAUCCCACCUGACCCAUCAUUUGAAGCAUCCACGUAUUGGAAGUGGUUUAUGGCAACAUUUUCACAGGAACUAGCGGAUUAUUAUGGUGCAAAACCACCAAAAAUUCCUUUAGCUUGGAAAAAUAUUUCUUUUGAAGAAGCAAGGAAACAACUUCGAGAAGAAUUUAACUUGGCGUAA